GAGAACUGGGAGGGCAGCUGGGGUGGAGCCGGUGCUGUGGGGCCCGCGCUGCAAGGAAUCUGGCCUGGAGCGGACUCCGCGGGGCCUGGGCGCACUGUGACUUCUGCAUUUGGGUCUCGCGGUCACCAUCCGGCUCGCCCCGCACCGGCGCCUUCCGAGCUCCCGGAGCCCGCGGCCGGGCGGAGCCAGGCAGCGUCCGGCCUGACCCGCGGGCUUCUGCGGCCAUGGCCACUUUCGCGGGCCUGCGGGCCUUGGCGGCGAAGGGGUCCGGCCGGAUUGUGCGCAGCCGCUGGUCUCCGCUCCCCGUCGGCUUUUGCAGCCGGGGUCCGGAGGUCUCCGGGGGACCCGGGUCCGAGUCGCGCCCCACCAGCACGCGGCAGCUGGACGGCAUCAGAACCAUUGUCUUGAGCAAUCCAAAGAAGAGGAAUGCAUUGUCACUUGAAAUGCUCAAGUGUCUCCAAAAUGAUAUUCUUCAUGAAGCCGAAAGCAAAGAUCUGAAAGUUAUUAUCAUUUCAGCUGAGGGUCCCGUGUUUUCUUCUGGACAUGAUUUAAAAGAACUAACAGAAGAGCAAGGUCGGGAUUAUCACACUGAAGUAUUUCAAACCUGUUCUGAGGUCAUGAUGCUGAUCCGGAACCACCCUGUCCCCAUCAUUGCUAUGGUCAAUGGCUUGGCCACAGCUGCUGGUUGUCAGCUGGUUGCAAGCUGUGACAUCGCAGUGGCAAGUGACAAGUCCUCUUUUGCCACUCCCGGAGUAGACGUUGGACUCUUCUGCUCCACCCCUGGGGUAGCCCUGGGGAGAGCAGUGCCCAGAAAGGUUGCCCUGAAGAUGCUUUUCACUGGGGAGCCCAUUUCUGCCCAGGAGGCCAUGCUCCAUGGGCUGCUCAGCAAAGUGGUGCCGGAGGAGCAGCUGGAAGAGGAGACUAUGAAAAUAGCAAAGAAGAUCGCCUCUUUAAGCCGCCCUGUGGUGUCCUUGGGCAAGGCCGCCUUCUAUAAGCAGCUGUCCCAGGACCUUAGAACAGCCUACAGCCUAACCUCCCAUGUCAUGGUGGACAACCUGGCAUUGCAGGAUGGGCAGGAGGGAAUCGAGGCUUUCAUACAGAAGAGAAAACCCAUCUGGUCACACUGAGCCAGCAGUAACAGAGGAGCAAAGGAUGCCUGAGCACUCAAGAAGCACCCUCUGGCCUCACUCUGACCCCGCCCCCACCACUGCUAUCUCCCAGUUGUAGCAGAAGACAGCUGUGCUUUUAAAGUGCUGCUAGUAGUUUCACAGCAUGCGGUCUGCAUUAACAGCUGUGAUUCCAUGGGAAAGGAUAAGAGGACUGAAAAUGAAGAGCUAAUUCAGUGACAGGUCAGGAAGCACCCAUGAUGGGCCAGCUGUGGCAGAAACCCUGGCAUCUGACUUACUCCUUCAUAGCACCCUAAGUGAUGGACCUCUUGUAUAAGGUGACAAUCAAGUGAGGCACAAGGGAAGGUUGGCAGCCUCUUAUCAGCAAUGUCCUCAAAGGCAGAGUCAAUUCUCAUAGCUCAUGACAGAUGAAAUAUUUCAAAUCUCCGUGGGAUGUUCACUGAAAAUCUUGAUUUUACCUGGAAAUAAUGAUGCCUGUGUCUUUGGAAUAAUCUUACAUGAUUUAAAUAAAUUAAACAUGUAUAGAGA